AUGAGAAGAACUAGUUCCAAUCAUUUCACUGAAGCGCAUCCCAGCUGCAGAACCAGCUACUCAUCUGCUGACAAAAGCUUCACCAUGGGUUGGGAUACAAAUAACUCAAGUGAUUACUGGAUUGAGGAUGAGGAGGAUCUCAACUCUCUUAUAGACUACAAUGCAUAUGAGCUCCUCUGUGAAAAAAGUGAUGUGAGGAAUUUCAGUAAGUUAUUUCCGCCAGUGUUCUAUGCAUUGGCUUUCACCCUUGGAGUGGCUGGGAAUUCCCUGGUGGUGGCAAUUUAUGCCUACUGCAAGAAAGCCAAGAGCAAGACAGAUGUGUACAUCAUGCAGCUGGCCAUUGCUGACCUGCUCCUACUCUUCACACUGCCCUUCUGGGCUGUCAACGCAGUGUGGGGCUGGGAGCUUGGGAACUCCAUGUGCAAGCUCACUUCCUCUCUGUACACCACGAAUUUCAGCUCCAGCAUGCUGUUCCUUGCCUGUAUCAGUGUGGACAGAUAUAGGGCCACUGCUCAACCCCAGGGUCAGAGAAGAGCUGGCAAGCACUGCAGUGUCACCUGCCUCUGUGUCUGGCUGUCUGCCAUCCUCCUCAGUAUCCCUGAACUGGUAUUUAAUCAAGUCAAGAAGCACAAUGACAGGAAUGAAUGCCUUCCUGUAUUUCCCAUGAAUAUGGAAACACUCUUAAAAGCAACUAUUCAAAUCCUGGAAAUCACCCUGGAAUUUCUGCUUCCCUUCCUGGUCAUGCUGAUCUGCUACUCAGCAACUGCUCGAGUGCUCUUCAGGUCUGCCAGUGCCAAGCAAUGCAGACCCUUCCUGGUCCUGCUGGCAGUUGUGGCUGCUUUCGUUGUCACCCAGCUGCCUUACAACGUGGUGAAGUUCUGGCAAGCCAUAGACAUGAUCUACAUGCUGAUCACUGACUGUGAUGCAAGCAAAACUGUAGACAUUGCACUCCAGGUCACCAAGAGCAUAGCUCUGUUCCACACCUGCCUGAACCCCCUUCUCUAUGCCUUCCUGGGUACCUCUUUCAAAAUGCAUAUUAUGAAAAUUGCAAAAAAUUAUGGAUACUGGAGAAGACAACAACAGAAUGGAAGGCUUGAAGAAGAUUCUGUGAAUUAUGAAGACCACACUGAAGAAACCACCAGUUUCACUAUAUAG